AGCCAGGCUAGCCUCUCUGCCCGAGAAGCCUGCAGUCAUUGACUGGAAUUACUACAAGACAGCAGUGGCCAAGGCAGGGAUGGUGGAUGAGUUUGAAAAGAAGUUUUCUGCCCUCAAGGUCCCGGAGCCAGUAGAUACUCAGAACUCCAAGAUUGAUGCCCAGGAGCAGGAGUCUAAUAAAAUUGCUGCUCUCUACAUUGAAGCCUCCAAAGCUCGUGUUGAGCAGUAUGAGAAAGAGCUGGAGAAGUUCAAGAACAUGAUUCCCUUCGACCAGAUGACUAUCGAAGACCUAAAUGAGACCUUCCCAGAAACUAAGCUGGAUAAGGAGAAAUAUCCCUACUGGCCACACAAACCAAUUGCCGACUUGUAGUUGGCAUCUUUUAAGAUGGAAGUUUCUCUCAUUCCGGGACAUAAUAGUUUCUAAAUAAAUACUAUUGUACAGUCA